UAUACUAACUACUAGUCUUCCAACUUCGUCCAUGGCCAUGGCCUCCCACCCAACUUCUUCUUCCUCUUCCUCUUCCUCUUCUCGAUGGGAUGUAUUCUUGAGUUUUAGAGGUAAAGAUACUCGCACAAAUUUUACCGCUCAUCUAUACGAAGCUUUGCGUCGGAAUGGAAUCAACACUUUCAUGGACACCAAGCUUAGAAGUGGAGACGAAAUUUCACCAACACUUCUCAAAGCCAUUGAAGAGUCUGAGAUUUCAAUAAUUGUCCUCUCUAAGAACUACGCAUCAUCCCAAUGGUGCUUGGAUGAGCUAAUAAAGAUCCUCGAUUGUAGAAAAACAAGGAGGCAACAUAUUCUACCGUUGUUCUAUGACAUAAUUCCUUCAGAAGUACGUAAUCAAAACAAUACUGUUGGAAAAGCAUUUGCUCAACUUGAAAAACGGUGCAAAGAUGAUGAUAAGAAGGUGAAGAUGUGGAAGUCAGCCCUAACACAAGUAGCUAAUUUGUCAGGAAUGACUUUGGAGAACAGGAAUGAACCUGAAUUUAUUCACGAAAUCAUUGAAUGGGUGAAUUCUAUAUUAGUGAAAAAGACAUACUUAGAAGUUGCCCAGUAUCCGGUUGGAAUAGAGUCCCGUGCACAAGAUGUGAAAUCGCUUUUAACUAUAGAGAAGAAUGACAGUACGUGCAUGGUAGGGAUCUUCGGAAUUGGUGGAAUUGGUAAGACAACUAUCGCCAAAUCUAUUUACAACUCAAUGGCUUCUCAAUUUGAAGGUAGUUGUUUUCUCGAAAACAUUAGAGAAACUUCUGGCCAAAUGGGCGGUCUGAUCAAUUUGCAAAAUAAACUUCUUUCUGAGAUCCUAGAAGGUUCAAGCCCAAUGGUUGACAAAGUUGAUCAAGGGAUUACUUUGAUAAAGGAGAGGCUUCGCCUAAUAAGGAUACUUCUAGUUCUUGAUGAUGUGGAUCAUCAAGACCAAAUAGAGAAAUUAGCUGGAAAAGGUGAUUGGUUUGGCUUAGGAAGUAGAGUCAUCCUAACAACAAGAGAUAAACAUUUACUUAGUGCACAUGAAGUUGAUUCAGCAUACCAGGUGAAUGAGUUGGAUCAUAAUGAAGCUCUUCAGCUUUUCAGUUGGAAUGCCUUCAAUAAAGAUAGGCCUGAUGAUAAGUACGUGAAAGUCACAGAAGAUAUGUUAAGUUAUGCCAGAGGAUUGCCAUUAGCUUUAAGAGUGCUUGGCUCAUCUCUAAAAGGUAGAGAUAUACUUUAUUGGGAAAAUAAAUUGGGCAUGUACAAAUUAAUUCCUCACGAUGAUAUUCAAAAAAAACUUCGCAUAAGUUUUGAUGGAUUGGAUGAAAAUGCCAAGAAUAUUUUUCUUGACAUUGCAUGUUUCUUCAAAGGAUGGAAUGUAGAAGCUAUCACAAAAGUACUAGACAGUACUCGUGGAUUUCACUCAUAUAGUACUGCCAUUGAAGAGCUAAAGGAUAAGUGUCUCGUAACUCAAUCUUGUGGAUCAUUGGAGAUGCAUGACUUGCUGCAAGAAAUGGGUAGAGAAAUUGUUCGACAACAAUCACCCGAUGAACCUAGCAAGCGUAGUAGAUUGUGGUUUCACGAAGAUGUUCGGAAUGUCCUAGAAGGAAAUGCGGUAAAAAAUGUGUUAAAAAUCUCUUUUUAUUUUACAUCUAUUACUUUUUCGUGAGUUAAGCAACUAGAAAAAUA